UGAGGCGAUCGGCGGCGUUGGAUUUCGGGAUGGAUGCUUUACAACGCGGGAAAAAGAAGGGAGUGGAAUUCUGCUGUGAUAUCUGUAAAUCUCCAUCCAUCGCAAACCCCAGCCAUCGGGGCAAUAGUCUGAAGCAAUCGGGUUACAGGACGUCACCACGCUGGAAGAGUGACCCUGAGACAGGAAAAAUGUUGAUGCUGUGUAAUACAUGCGGUGGCUCACGUUCCAAUUGCUAUAAGUUCAUCAGCUGGGUGACGGGCUGCAGUCACAGCACCAUUAGCCGAGUCAAUGAGCAGAUGAGGAGGACAGGAGGUGAACGGGAGCCAACUCCCCAUGGACUGAAGAAGUGUUGGAAGGUACAGUUGCAGAUCCAGCAACAGCAAAUUGAAGCUCUGAAGAAGCAGGUUCAGGUCCUUCAGCGACAACAACUGCAGCUGCAGUGGGAAGUCACAAAGGCCCAACCUCAGCACCUGCAGGUCUUUGGAAUACCUGACACCCUCCUCCCUCAGCCACUCUCCGUACAUCAGCCAAGCAGUGUGAUAACUCAUCGGCAACCAGUUGGAUUGCAGGCCAAAGCAAUGCAGCAGCAGGGCCAUAUAUCGGAAAAAGGACUGGCUAUUGCACAGAUUCUUUUGAAACCUGGCCUCCCCCAGAUGGUGUCAGCCAUGCAAUCCAUAGGUGUCCUGCAGGAUGGACUUCAAAAGAAUGAUGUUCAGACUGUUCAGUGCCAAAUACAGCAAGACCAGCAGAGGAAGCAGCACCAGCAAUUCAGUGCUCUGCGGCAACUAGAGUCUAGGACAGUUGAUGGCUUGGUCUAUAACCAGUCAGAGGCACAGCAAGAAGCCAUGGCACAUCUCCAGCAUCCUCCCGUUCAGAAGAACUCUUUUUGACUGAAUGCCACAGCACAGAAGAGCAAUUUCUAAAACAGUUGGCAUCUUCAGACCUUCAGCAAGCUCUGCAACUGAUCACAGUAACUGAAGAUUGCCAGGCACCAACAGUACGAGUGCACAGAUAGGUUGUGACUCCACAGAACUGCAGAUAGUACUGACCCGCAUUCCCUGCCUCAAAAUAACCUGAUGCUCACAAAUUCUAUAAUAAGACGGAGGAAAGAUCCUAAAAUUCUGUGCCCAAGUUGGAUUCUCUCUUCAGACUUAUCGGACGCUGAUGUAAAUCAUAACAGUUGCAACAAACAAGGAGACGAAAAUGGUGAAACAGCUUGCAAUGCAGUCAGUGUUUGGAAGAUGCCAACCCUAGAACUAUUCAGCAGAAAAGAAGGCAAUUUGACCCUCUGUUCACUGAGACAACAAUCACACAGCUGGAGUGCACAGCAAUGGUGACCUGGCAGAUUUAAGGAGAGUCUUGAAAGACUGUGAUUGAGAACUGAGACCAGACUGAUUCCCAGGAUGGUUGGCAGCAUUGACGCAGGAAGAGACUGGAUCAGUUUGGACUAUAUUCACUGGAACUUGGAAGACUGAGGCAGGAGGGACAAACUCACAGAAACCUAUAAAGUUCAAACAGGAUUACACAGGGUAAAUGCAGAAAGGACGUUCCUGAUGAUCGGGAAAGCCAGAAAUGAGGAUCACAAUCUAAGGAUACAGGGUAGGUCAUUUAUUCGUGAGGCCAGGAGAAAGUCCUUCACCAAGAGAGUGGUGGAAUUCUCUGUGACAGAAAGUGAUCAAGGUGAAAACACUGGAUAUUUUCAAGAAGGAUUUAGCUGUAGUUCUACAGGCUAAAGGAAUCAAGGGGUCUGGGGUGAAAGCAGGAACAGGAAAUUGAGCUGGAUGAUCAGCCGUGAGCAGACCAGGCUGAAAGGGUUGAAUAGCCUACUCCUGCUCCUAAUUUAUAUAUUUUUAUGGAUAAGAGGUAGAAAGGAGUUUAGGGAGGGAGUCCAGAACUGCAGAGAUACGAUCUUGGAAUGUUGUGCACCUGGGGAGAUAGGGAAGGGAAACACCAUGAUGUGAAAACAGGGAUGAUGCAAAUGUCCUGCAACUGCCUGCUGUGAUACCCACACUUUGAUGGGGCUCAUAAAUCAAACAGAGAUACUUCAACAGCUGCUGAAGCUUUUAGAAAGCUCCCAAUUUUGUUUGUGUGAAGGUAUUACAACUCUGGAGCAACCUUAUGACGAUGCUACAGAGCUGCAAAUUCUGGAGUAUAAAUGGAGAGACAGUGGGCACAAUUAGAACAGAAGGAGCACUCUGGAAGAAGCCAGACCAGAGAACAACAUGUACACAAACAUAUGAAGAAGAUAGAGAUUCAUCUUUAGCAUCUGAGGCGGCACGGUGGCUCAGUGGUUAGCACUGCAGCCUCACAGCACCAGGGACCCGGGUUCGAUUCCAGCCUCGGGUAACUGUCUGUGCGGAGUUUGCACAUUCUCCUCGUGUCUGUGUGGGUUUCCUCCGGGUGCUCCAGUUUCCUCCCACAGUUCAAAGAUGUGCAGGGUAGGUGGAUUGACCAUGCUAAAUUGCCCGUAGUGUU